AAAUACGUACAUACGUAGCUAGUGAUAGUACGGCAAGCUAUAGCUAAUGGUUAGCAAAAGAACAUGGGUCAGUUAUACGCGUAUCUUCUGCUUUGUUCAACUUUGGUGCUAGCAGCGUAUGCGGACGUGUCUCUCUAUCCGACGGACGAGACUGAAGCAAGCUGCGGAGAAAAAACGACCAUAGAGUGCACCGCGACGGCCACCAAUUCAGUCACCAUCACUGCUAAGAAUGACAGCUUCGUGUUCGGAGUUCACACAUACGAACGUGGCAGCGCCCGUGAGGCAAAAGCUGGAACGCUGGAUCUGUAUCUAGCACAGGCCUCGGUGAGUGCUGAGAAUCCUUUUCUAACAAAUUUCAGAGUUAUUGCAUCUGAGAAUUACAUGGGAAAAGUAACUAUCAUGAGUUGUGCAGAUGUAAAUGCAGUACAGCUUGUGAAAAUUCGAACCAAGCGUAAGUUAAUAAGCAUAAUUUUACUAGUACAAUCACUAGAUUUUUUUGUGCAGCAACACAAUGUCGCUUACCAAUGUACAACUAAUGGAUAUUGGUAACAAUACAAAACUAAUCGAAUGGGAAGAACCAAAUUGUGAAGGAUGGAGACAGUUGUCUUAUUAUACAUUGGUCAUUGUAGAAGGUGGAGAAGAAAGAUAUGCUACUGCAAAUGAACCAUCCACAAUCGUGUCUGGUCAAUUCUCAAGGAUUACAAUUACAGCAACAAACGUCUGUGGAGAAACCACAUCCAUUGCAAUAGUCAACAAUGAAAAUGGUAGCUAGAUACAAUAGUCAUAUUGAUAGUGUCUUAAUAAAGCAAAUCAUACAAAAUAGACGGAGAAAAAGAAGAAGAAGAAAAACAGAUGUAUAAUAAAGCUGGGGGUGGAAAAACUCGAGGUAUGCUUACAGCAUUGUCUGUAUAAUAAUACCUAUUCCCAAACCAAUACAUUUUUGUAGGAGGAUCUGUACUACUUACAACCAUACUACUUGGAGCUACUAGACUAUUGUCAUAACAUCUAUAUUAGACAAACAGUGCGACAUGAAUUUUAUUAUAAUGACGUGAAUACUACGGC